AUGAAAGGAAUUUUAGUAACUUUAUUUUUGAUUCGGAUAUUUGCUCCGUGUGUAGGACUAUAUAAAGAAGCGAUGGAUGAAUUAGAGGAGAUCCCUGAGUAUUCAGCCUAUCUACGUCAAUUAGGAUUUCCACAGAAAAAUACAACCCAGCCAAGAAUAUCCGCUUCCAUACCAGCCUUUGCAACCUUCCCGUUUGAGAAUCUACCUACUCUCUGUAAAGAAAGCCCUACGGAUUUGUAUGGCCACGUGUUUUGCUGGGGAAUGAUAGGACUAUAUAUUAUGUUAAUAGGAAGCUUAAUUAUUUAUCAACUUCGUUCAAUUUUUUGGUUAAAAACUUAUAAGAAUAAUGGACAGCAAUCAGAUAACAAAAAUAUUGAGCUCAAAUCCUUACACAAACAGAAUCUUCCAGGGAUGCUUUCCGUGUAA